AUGAAAGAUUUCAACUUGUGUUCUCACCAUUUUUCUGGAUUUACGUCUCUGAGAUCGGUGGCUCUUCCGAAUGCAUCGGAGCAGCUUCUGUCUUCCAAACUUGAAUGUGUCCAGAGAUUUGAGGAGAAAGGAAUCCUUGCAGAAAUCAAAUGUAUGGAGUCCCAUCUUGUUACACCUCCUGCAAGGAAGGGCAGCGGAGUGAAGAUGCAAACUCGGACAGACCUGAAGCUCUUCCGAACUGAAACUCAUAGUUUAUCCCAGGAAAAAGUGCCCACUAGUGACAUCUAUGAAAGCAGCCUGCUCUAUGAAAAAGAGAAAAUGGCACCACUGUCCAAAGAGGAGGAAAUGAAAGAAGUAGCUAAGGUUCUUCAGAAGCUCUGCAUGAAAUCUUCCAUGGAGACUGAGCCUACAGAUCUAUUCCUGAAUUUGGUGUUUGCACUUCGACAGGUCUCCGCUGAUGUCUUGAUGGAUCUGUGGCAGAGUCCUUCUUCCAAAUGUCAAGAUAACUGGCGGCCUCUCUUGGAUGCUCUUCCCGUUUGUGCAACUGAACCCUGCGUCAUCCUGAUGAAAAAGCUGAUUAUUUUGCAAGAAGUAGAAGAGGACCGCAUUGACCAUUUCCUGAGGUCCCUCACCUUCAUUCCAGAGCCCACUGCAGGCAUGAUCGAUGCUUUAGCUCCUCUGUUGGAGUUACCCAAAGAACGGCAAAUAGCGUUCUUAGCAUUAACGUCUUUGCUGCAUCACUUCUGCUCCACAAGAACCAACUGUGACCAAGUACCAGCAGUAUUGAGAAUUAUGAAAAUUCUGGGAAGACGCCUAGGGAGGAAAUGCACUGGGUCCAGAUCGAAGGGAACUGCUCAGAUGGAACUGAUCUUAAAUGCGAUUGGAAAUGCGGGGCUGGCUGCAACGUCUUUGACAACACUCCUGAGUUCCUGUGCGGUGCUGAAAACCAACCCUACUGAAAUCCGGCUGGCAGCCAUUGAAGCUUUCCGGCGCAUCCCUUGUGCAGCCAACCGUGCUGUAUUGGUCCAGCUGUUUCAAACCUACGAUGAGAAUGUUGAGAUCAGAAUUGCUUCGUAUCUUAUGGCCAUGAAAUGUCCUAGCAAAGAUUUAUUUAAUCACAUUAAAUGGACUUUGCAGGAGGAGCGAUCCAGCCAAGUGGGCUCUUUUGUCUGGAGUCAUCUUUCUGAGCUCUUAAGAACAGAAGACCCACUAAAACAGCAUCUUAGGAACUCUCUUCCUGAAGACAUCCUUCUCAAGGAAUAUGAUUGGGAAACAUGGAAAUUUUCUUCCUACACAGAUGUUACCUUCCACUCAGCGAUGGCCAGUGGAAAUGCUGAGGCUCAGGUCAUCUUCUCACCUGCUUCUUUUAUCCCACGUUCGAUCCUGACCAAUUUCACCCUCCAUCUGCUGGGACGGGCUAUCAACCUCUUAGAGGUUGGAGUCAGAUUGGAGAAUAUGGAAGAUGUUGUCCGGACAUUUUUUGACUUUCAAGACACCCAAGGAAGGCAUGUUAAGCCAGAAUCUCCCAUGGAGAUGGUGAACAAGAUUCCUCAAAAUAAGCCAUCAUCCAAGCAAUUCAAUUUGAAAAGUCACCUACCUAAAGGAAAUAAAACCACACUGAGAACAGAAAGCGAUUGUCCACAUGGACAAUACCAUAAGGUUAAUGAUUUUGUGAAAAAGUUCACCCCAAAAAUGGGGAAAAAGAAGAAGCCCAAAUGCAAAGUUAAUCUCAAAAUCUUUGGAAAUGAGCUGACGAUUCUUGACUGUGGCGAUUUCAGAAACCAAGCAAAACAUUACUAUUUGAACCUGGCAGAGCUAACGAUGAAGGUGUUGAAGGGCCAAGAAGUCCAAUGGAAUAAAAGAUUGAGCCUGGCAACAGAAGAAGUGUUGUUUCCAACCAUCUCAGGGUUUCCUGCCUUCCUGGGUUUUAAUGCUUCGAUAUCCGUCAACCUGACUGCCAGAGGAGACACAAACUUCAAGAAACACAACCAUUUUUUCAUCAAUGGCUACCUCAAGCCAAGUGUUAUCCUACAGAUUUCUGCCCAGAUGGGAACUCUAGGAGUUCUUGGGAACACUGGCUUGAAAUGGUCAACCAUCUUGAGAUCCUCGGCCAACCUUGAUGGAGGAAUCCAGGUGAAAAAAGGGAAAGAAUUUAAAUUCUUUUGGAACACUCCCGAAGACACUAUGGAACUUCUACAUUUCAGCUCUAAACUCUACAUUACUGCAAGGGAGAAAAUGAAAACCAUUGACAGUUUUCCAGGCCAAACUGACCUGUGCACCAGUGAGGAAGUAUCGAAAACAUUUGGCUGGCAGCUGUGUUCAGAGGUUUUUCUCCCUGAUGACAAGACUAGUAGCUUCCUUCUUCCGUUCCCUGGACCAGCGAAAGUCACCGUUAUGCUAAGAAAACAGGACAGAAACCUACAGCAGUAUUUAAUAAAAGCAGCAUAUAAUUAUGUUGCUCAGAAAGGUUCUUGGAUUCCAAAUGAAGCCAGGCUCCAUUUCUUUAUGGGGAGUCUGGAAUCAGAGCUGAAGAGAAAUGUGGCUUUUGACUUCCACUGGAACAUCCCUCAGAGAAAAAUCAGAAUUGAAUACACUGAGCCAAAGGCAAAAAUGUUACUGAAUGGCCAAAUUGAAAUCUCAAAAUACUCUCGUGUUGGGCAUUUGGAACUGAUAGUCAAUGAUAACACCAUUUAUUACAUCAAGGGCAGGACCGAUUUGCAAUCCGUGGCUGGAGAACCGAGCUUUGCAAUCCGUCUGGAAGCCAAAUUGCUAAGACAUGGAAGUCCUGUUGUUCUUGCAGGAAAUCUCACGAGACUGGCUGGCCAGAAGGUGGCAUUUUCAGUAUCCUUGAUUAACCUGUUGAAGGAUGCUGCAUCCUUUGCAGUGUGUUUUGAGAAAAAGGCAAAUAAUGAGCUAAGGCACUAUUCCCUGGAAGGAGAAACCCACAUUCCCGGCGUUUUUGGAUCUCGCAUCAUUUUUCUUCUGCAAAAACGAGGACACGUCUGGUCCGACAUCCUGAGAAUUAAAUAUGGAUUGUUUGGAGAUGCCAAGAAGCUCCAGCAUGAAUGCAACAUGACUCAGAAGUUAAAGCUGGAGAACAGCUGGCCAGAUGUUUACAGAUUGGAUCUGGAGCACAAAUUUCACUGUACUCGGAGUCUAACUUACAAUCACAAGGUCCAUUUGCAGCAUGAAGACACUGCAACUCAGCUGCACUCCCGCUUGGAGGCUAACUACGGGAAACACUGGGAUGAAGCCAACAAUAUGAGGAAGCUGAUCAUCAGCCAGAUGUUCAAAAAUCAUUCGCAGGCCACUCUGAGGAGCUACUUCAUGGAGUUCAUGAUCCAAGUGCCCGAAAAGAAUCUGGAUUACAGGACUCGGCUGCAGCAUUCCACUUCUUUCCACCCUUCUCUAGAAAGCAGCACCAGCUUCAAGGUGCAUUAUAACAACCGCAUCCUUUUUAUAGCUGACUUGCAGUGGAAAAAUGUUUCUGGCCGUUUGCUGAAGAAGUGGGAAGGUACAUUCAACAUGGACACACCCUGGCUGUAUCUGUAUGUCACUCACAAAUUCCACCAGUUCCAGCAGUCGGCUUUCUUCACCACUGUUGAAUUAACCGUCGGUAAAGCUUUUGUUGUCAAGGGCUUAAUCCUGGAGCUCUAUUGUAAAGACCACGAUGUUGAGAAGGAAGGCAGAAUUGAGCUCCGCACAUCGACAACUACCUAUCUGAGAGCAUCCACAAUCAAUCAUUUUACAGAAGGUUUCCUGCACAGCCAGAAUGAAAUAAUGUCAUUGUGGAGCCAACUAAUAAAGCAUGAAAUCCUCCUGGAAAACAAUCAACACACCAAAUUUCUUCAUUUUAGACUGACAUCUGCAAAGAAGGAAUUUAAUCUGACAGCAUCUUAUUGCCACUUGGAAGCGCCUAGAAAAUCAAACAUUUCUACGUCUGUUGUGUGGAUAGACCACAAGAACCCACCUCUUGUCCUACAGUUUGAGGCAGAGCUAGAAGAAGUGAAGAAAGAAAAAACGCUUUAUCAGAAACGUGGAACUCUUCUCUUCAGGCAUCCGCUAAGUCUCCCCAUUCCACGAAGUCUCCUUCUCCAGGAAACGUUCACGGUGAACAAGAAGGAGAAGCACUACUCUUUGGAAACCAGACUGGUGAUUGACGAGCAGGAAGACUCCAUUCUAGCCCUUACCUUGGGCUAUCCCACUAAAAAUCCAUACGUAUGUGCAAGAUUGACUCAUCCAUAUAACAGUGGCAUUUUCCUUCAAAAUACAGAAAUGUGCAUCAGGGUGAGGAAUCUCACUCAGGCUAAUCAGGAGCUUGAAGUGAAACUGAAAAUCAGUCAAGAAGAAGUACUAAGCGUCCUGGGAAAAUACCACAAUAAAUCUAGCAUGGGCCAAUCCCACCAUCUGAUACAGCUGGAUUUCACCCCUUCAUUCCAGUUCAACAUUUGGCUUAAUGGACCAGACUCUGGAUUUGAACUCUAUCCUCAAUUUCUUCAACAGAAUUGGUCACAUUUUCCACAAACUAUUCAGGCCCAGGCCAGUCUAAACUAUCAUGGCCAAAAUGGCCUCAAUGGAUCUUUUGGCCUCCACACCAGUACACGGAAUCUAAUGUUCCUGGAGGCCAAUUUUGACAAUGAGUUGAAAAGGAACACCCGAGCCUUUCGUGUGAGCGCUGCCCUAAAGCAAGACAUUCUAGAUCGGUUUAAACAUGUGGAGCUGCAGUUCCUGAGUAAGGAGACGCCAUCAAGGUUGUUGUUGACAUCCUCAGUAAAAUUGAACCAGCAUUCCUUCCAGGUGGGCAUUUCAGGAUCCAAGGAACAGAAAGCUGGUGUGGUGACCCUCCGUGUCCACGUGCAACACAACCUUGAAACCUUGAAACCUCAGGAUCUUUCCCUGAAUAUUUCUCUGAAGCACCGAAUCAAUUUUAAGGAAGGCCUUGUGACGGUUGCGGUGAACGGAUCUGUUUUUUCCAUUCACGUCCGAAGCGAAUGUCUAUGUGGGAAUAAAAGCUUCUAUAGCAUGAUGGUGGCCGUGGCCCAGGAUGGCAGUGAAAUCUUCUUAGCUCAGGGAAAACUGAAAGGCUCCCUGGAACUAAAACAAAUAAUCCAAAGGGAUGAAGCCCAGGCCCUGAAGAACGCAAGAAGUCCUUGGGUUGACCUUGCAAACAUUUUCCUUCACAGCAAGGUUGGAUUCACAGGCACCCUCACACACAACCUCAGCAACUUCUAUGCAAUAGGACUUCCCACAGAAAGUAGCCUCAAGACCAUAUAUGGUCACAACGAUACUUACCAGGGAGUAACUGUGAAUCUUCAAGGGGGCAACCAGAAGAUUAGUGCCCUAUUUGGAGUUGAGAAGUUGCAUCCAGAAGCCCUUCAAACCCAGUUGGCAAAUCAUUCUUUAGCGGCCUCACAAAGAACAUUGCUCUGUGGACCAGAUGUGGCUAACAACUCUGCACCCGGUGUAAUAAGGGAAAUCUUUUCGAAUAGCAGUUUUGCUCCACCGGGUAUCCGCACAGCAUGCAACUUGGAGUACGUUCUGGAAACCAGCUUCAGUCAUGCUUGCCCUUAUCUUACGUCUCUGGGCCUCGCCCAAGAGAAUAGGGUGAAAAUGGCCAUCACGAGAGGUGAUCCACACAGAGUCUUUCUAGAAAUCUCCCUGGGAAAUGGCAAGUGGACGGGCCACGGGGAACUGAGUGAUGAGGCUGGAGGGACAGCUGCAGAAUGGAGGGUGACUUUUCUGAAUAAACCUGGCGCUUUGGAGAACCCAGCAUUACCCCAGAAUUUUGUUUCUGGAGGAUCCUUUUUCAGCAAGACUCACCAAGCAAAUUUAACAAUGUUCUUCCAAUGGAAUGGCACAACAGCUGAUAUGAAAUUGGAAAUAGACAAGCAUGUUGUGCGGGGGAUUCUGGACCACUCCCUGCCCUAUCUUCAAGAUCUGGGGCUGCCUCGCAAAAACGUGAUUCUCCUCAUCAUGACGGGUCAUGCUGGUGUGGAAGGACUUCUGGUGCUCCAUGUGGACAGUUGCAAGCUGGAGAUACAAGGAGAAACCCAACCCAAAGCCAAAAUGGAAUGGACUCUGGAGAUGGAGGUGGCCUGUAAAGCUUUGCAGGAUCGAGGCUUCCCAAAUCAUGCACAAUUAAAUGGAUCCCUUCUGAAGGAUGGUGGUCAACUAGAAUUCUUUAAUAGCCUCCAGGUGGAAGAUCAAGAGGCCUCCUUCACAGUAAGCACUAAGUGCCAGCCAAAGUUUAUUUUAGAAAUGGAGUUGAGGCAUGGGUUUUCAUUCUUCAACAGGAUCCCCCAAGAAAAUAGGCUGAUUGUCCAUUGUGGGAAACGACUCGAGCGUGCUAUAAACUUGGAAGUGAAAUCUGGCCUUUGCCAACUUCAAGCCAACUUGGAGAUGGAAGCAGGAAACCGAUGCCAGUGGCAAGCAGCGAUGGAGAACUCUUGCAAAAUGAUACAGGAUCUUGGAAUUCCAACAAAAAUGAAUGGAUCGGGGCAUGUGUUAAAAGAUAAGAUCAACCUUGAUUCUCAAGUGGUGCUUGCUGUUGGUGAAAACACGGCCUCUGCAUUCCUCCUUUUAAAAGGCACGGCUACUAGGCGAGAAUUUCAUGCGCUCCUGGAACAACACAUCAAAGGGGCCAUUAACUCUGGCAUUCCUGCAAGGGCAGAAGUGGAUUUAAUUUCAGAAAAGAGUCGUACCUUUUGUGAAAGGCUGCUUCAGUUCAAGGUGGAUGGCCAGCAGGUUUUGGCGUCUUCUUCUCUCAAGCGUAGGAGAGCCGGCGUGGCUUAUUCUGCCACUGUCGCACAGCCUUUUAACUUUGCGAUGAAACAUGUGGAGUUCAGCUCCCUGACCCAAAGCCGCAAAGGAGCACAUGCACAACAGAUGCAGCUUGCUUGGAACCAUGGCCAGCCAGCCUGGAUGAACUUCACUUUUGGAGACAAGUCCAGAGUGAGGAACACAUGUUGGGAUGCUUGUAUCACAGCUUCUUCUGGACAGCUUAAAAACAUCCUAACAAUUGCAAGUCUUCGGGCCUGUGGCUCCCUUAAGCAGACAGCAGCUCUGUUGAAUCAGCACCUAGAUCUGACAUGGGACGACAAGACCGUUGUACAACAUCUGACCUAUGAGAAAAGCCGAGUGUUGCAGCGGGACAAAAUACUGGUAGAAGCUACUUUAAAGAAUCUCUUGGCCUCAUGUUCCCAUCACCGUAUUCUGGGAGAAGUUGAAACAGAUUAUGCAGCUUGGCUGAAUUACAACAUGAGACUCUGGAUGUGCGACCUUCCAAAUGCAAUUGCUCUCUCUGGCAAACUCCAGCUAAACCAGGGGGACACCGUCUUACGAUCUGAAGGGAAAAUCAGCCUUGGAAACAAUGAAGGGACGAUUACGGUGGCUUUACAGAACAACAGCAAGCUGGAAACGAGGAACUAUUCGGCGGAAUUUUCACUGAAAGGACCCGAGGCUACUUGGAUGGAUGUGAAGGCCUGUGUGACCUCUUCGGCUGAUCAAAGCCAAGUCCUUGUCGAGGGAAAGAUGGAUCACCCAAACGAGAAAGUGAAAAUAAAAGCCAUCAGAGGAAAAGAGUGUCUUCGGUAUUACAUGGGAUACUUGAAAGGAAAUUCCGAGGACGCACUAGAAUUUUCAGCUUGUAUGAAAGGUCAAAAGCAUACUGCACUCAAUGCCCGCCUGGUUGUAAACAGACGUGAGGAAAUGGGGCAUCUCACCAUGCAAGCGUCUAACCAAAGUCUGAAUCUGAAGGCCCAUGGCUGUUGGGAUCUUGUCAUGAAGACUGAGUCAAAACUGGGUGAGAUUACGUCUGAUCUCCGGCGCAGACUGGUGGAAAAAAUAAAAAAAUUGGAGGAACAUAUUCAGGAUUUCAGAAAAUCGAUCCGGCACAUUGGAUUUCUGUAUGAUGCUGUCGGCUGGUCGUUGGAAGUCUCCCAAGAAAUGCUACGACUCCUCCACCGUGGGACAAGCAACGCUGCUCAGAUGUGGGAGCAAAGUGGAUUUAAGCGACUCCUACGGGAUCACCUCCCCAUGUACCUGAGGAGGCUUCAAAGCAUCCUACAACAAAUCCAGCUGGAGCUGCAAAAGCCACUAACCACCCUAAAAGAUGCCUACUAUGAUGUGACUUUGAAACCUUUGGAUGAAGUUUGGCAACAGAAGACCGAUGCGUAUCUAAAGAAACUUCAGGCACUGGUGCCGACAGUUGUGAAAGACGUGUGGCUGAUGGAACCUAUCCAGGUUGCAUUGAGAGCUCUCAAAACUGGCUUUGAUAUGGCAACCCAACAGAUACUAAACUGGGCAGAAGCCAAAUUAUCCCGAAUAUUCAGCAGGCUCCAAAAAUCUAUAUCGAAUCUGUACAGAUUCUCACCCAGGAACUGUUCUGUGGCAUUGAGUUUGCCUGUCGUGCCCAAAGGAGGAGCCGCAUUAGAUAUGAUCCACCUUACAAACCACAUCAUUGAAGAGAAAGUUGUGAAGCCCCUUCGGGGCCUCUAUCACAUCAAUCUGGCUGCAGAAUACUACAGAUUCAAGCGAGCCAUCAUGGAGAGCCCUUUUGAACAUCAAGCCUUGUUGAUGGGUACCAAGCACCUAUGGACCUUUGAUGGGAAAGUGUACAGCUUGACGUCCAACUGCAGUUUGCUGCUGGCCAAAGAUUUUUCCCAGGAUGCCUUUACUGUCAUCCUAAACCAGAGCAGUGGUGCAGACAGGUCUCUGUACGUCAACAUGAAGAAAAGAGUUGUCAUCAUUUACCCCGCACUGAAGAUCUACAAGCAAUACAACACUUCGCUGUUGAAGGACUGCGGGAGUUUUGACGUCCCCCUCCAAGAAAAUAGCACCACAGUCCAGGUGGAUACAAACCAGGUUGAAAUGACUGCAGCCGAUGGAGCCUUGGUUUUUUGCGACCUUCGUUACGAUUUCUGUACUUUUACCUUGGAUGGAUGGCAUCAUGGUGUGUCUGCUGGUCUUUUUGGUACCAACGACAAUGAAGCUGGAAACGAAUGGAUGCUUCCUGACCAUUCCCUGGCUAAGAGCUUGCCAGAAUUCAUACAAGCAUGGCAGGUGAACGGCCGUUGCAGUGAAGUCAAGAGAGAUGGCAAAUCUUGCGUCAAUGAGCAGAGCGCUACAAUCUGCCAGAUCUUUUUCCAGGAUCCCGCCUCACCUUUUAGGAACUGUUUUGGAGUUGUGAAUCCUGAACCAUUCUACCACUGGUGCAAAACUGACUUGUGUGAACAGCAGAGCAUCAAAGCAGCCUGUAACUUAGCUGCAGCUUUCAGGCAUCUGUGCAAUCGGAAUUUCAUCCCAAUAGAGAUGCCCCUUCAGUGUGAGACGGCAAAGUGAGGCUGAGAAGAAGCUGGUUGCUUGAAGCUAUGCUUGCAAUAGAGGGAGGAUCUUCCUACUUAAAUCCCCCACCAGCCCAAGCUCAACUCUAACAAGAUCAUAAGCUUCGUCUUACAAAAUUGUCCCGUGUUGGCUUAAUGAAACGACUGGAGGAGCUGUUAAGAUUAGCUUUGACUGUUGCAGUAACCACCAACUGUUGGACCAUCUGGAAAAAGUCCUCAAAAUGGCUUCUCCUUGUGUUUGCUAUGUUAAAGAAGAUACCGCUUGAAAAGUAUCUGGCAAAGUCUUCUCGGCAAAGAGUUGCAGAAUGUUAAAAUUAGAUCUCCGUGUAGCCAUCAGUUUAGAAUAAUUUUGGAGAAGAUUUGUACUGGAUUUUUUUUUCCCCUGCUGCUCCUAAUAAUCAAAUAAGGUUUCAGUUAUGUUCAACAGAAGUGGGUAUUCAGCAGGUUCUGACCAGUUCUGGAGAACCGGUAG